AUGUCAGGUUACAAUCAAAAUAACUUAUCUAAUGAUUUUGCAAAUCAAUCAUUGAACGAUAACCAAAACCAAGGUCAAGGUCAAGGUCAAGGUCAAAGACGUUAUAAUCCUAACGCUGCAUCAUCUUUCCAACCAAAUUUCAACUCACAACCUUUUGUUCCAGGUCAAGCCGGUGGUUAUGGUCAAUAUGGUGCUCAAGGUCAAGCUGGUGGAUAUGGUCAAUAUCAACAACAAGGUUACAAUCAAUACCAACAAGGUGGUUACAACAAUUAUAACAAUUAUAACAAUAACAAUAACCAAUACCAAGGUGGAUACAAUAAUUAUAACAAUAACCGUGGUGGAUACAACAACUAUAACAACUACAAUAACUACAACAAUAACUAUAAUCAACAAUCUCAACCUCAACAAAAAACUGGUAUGUCAUUAGAAGAUUAUCAAAAACAAUCAACUCCAUCUGAUUUAAAUAAAAAACCAGCUGUUAAGAAAACUUUAAAAUUAGCUUCAAGUUCUGGUAUUAAGUUAGCUAAUGCUUCAAAAGCUCCAGAAAAGAAAGAAGAAGCUCCAAAACCAAAAGAAGAAUCAAAAGAAGCUUCUCCAGCUCCAGCUGCUGCCGUUGAAAAAAAAGAAGAAACUCCAAUUGAAACUCCAGCUAAAGAAGCUUCUCCAGCUCCAGCUCCAGCUGUUGAAAAGAAAGAAGAAACUCCAGCAUCUGACAAAAAAGAAGAUUCACCAGCCCCAGCACUAAAGAAAGCUGAAACUAAAGAAUCAACUCCAAAACCAUCAACUGCAGUUUCAAAAGCUGAUAUUGCUAAAGAACAAGAAGAAGAAAUUGAUGAAUCCGUUGUCAAUGAUAUGUAUGAUGGUAAAGAUCAUGUUUCAAUCAUCUUUAUGGGUCAUGUUGAUGCAGGUAAAUCCACCAUGGGUGGUAACUUAUUAUUUUUAACUGGUACUGUUGAUAAACGUACUGUGGAAAAAUAUGAAAGAGAAGCUAAAGAUGCUGGUAGACAAGGUUGGUAUUUAUCAUGGAUUAUGGAUACCAAUAAAGAAGAAAGAAGUGAUGGUAAAACCAUUGAAGUUGGUAGAUCAUAUUUUGAAACUGAUAAAAGACGUUAUACUAUCUUGGAUGCUCCAGGUCAUAAAAUGUAUGUUUCUGAAAUGAUUGGUGGUGCUUCUCAAGCUGAUGUUGGUAUCUUGGUUAUCUCUGCAAGAAAAGGUGAAUAUGAAACUGGUUUCGAAAAAGGUGGUCAAACAAGAGAACAUGCUUUAUUAGCUAAAACUCAAGGUGUUAAUAAAUUGAUUGUUGUUGUUAACAAGAUGGAUGAUCCAACUGUUGGUUGGUCAAAAGAAAGAUAUGAUGAAUGUACAACUAAAUUAGCUGCUUACUUGAAAGGUAUUGGUUAUAAUGUUAAAACAGAUGUUCAAUUCAUGCCAGUUUCUGGUUAUACUGGUGAUGGUUUGAAAGAACGUGUUAAUAAAAAAGAUUGUCCAUGGUAUGAUGGUCCAGCAUUAUUAGAAUAUUUAGAUAAUAUGCAACAUUUAAACAGAUAUAUUAAUGCUCCAUUCAUGUUACCAAUCUCAAGUAAAAUGAAAGAUUUAGGUACUAUUGUUGAAGGUAAAAUUGAAUCAGGUCAUGUUAAAAAGAAUCAACCAUUAAUUUUAAUGCCAAAUAAAACCACUGUUGAAGUUUUAACUAUUUAUAAUGAAACUGAAAAUGAAGUUAAUGCAGCUUAUUGUGGUGAACAAGUUCGUUUGAAAUUAAAAGGUGUUGAAGAAGAAGAUAUUUCUAAUGGGUUUGUUUUAUCAAGUCCAAAAGCUCCAGUCAAGACAAUUUCUAAAUUUGAAGCACAAAUUGCCAUUGUGGAAUUAAAAUCUAUUUUAUCAACUGGUUUCUCAUGUGUUAUGCAUGUUCAUACUGCCAUUGAAGAAGUUACUUUCAAACAAUUAUUACAUAAAUUAGAAAAAGGUACAAAUAGAAAAUCUAAAAAACCACCUGCAUUUGCUAAAAAAGGUAUGAAAAUUAUUGCUGUUUUAGAAACUGAAGCUCCAGUUUGUGUGGAAACUUAUCAAGAUUAUCAACAAUUAGGUAGAUUCACUUUAAGAGAUCAAGGUCAAACCAUUGCUAUUGGUAAAAUCACUAAAUUAUUAGAAUAG